AUGUCAUCAUCCACCACAGUAAUGGUUGAAGAACAAGAUGAUGAAAACUGGGAUCGGCCCUUUACCGCUGAAGAAUUAGCAGCCAUCGACGACGCUGUUCUCCAGUACUCCGCCACCACUUCCUCCUCUAAGCGUCAGUUUCCGAGCAACGAUUCAGAUGGACUUUCCGAUAAAGUUUCUCGCCGGCGGUUGCCCGACUCACUAUUUACCUUCCAACAAAACGGUUCCACAGCUGGUUCUUGCCUUAGAAAAUCCACUUGCCCAGCAAUUAGGUACCCAGAAAUAUCAUUUAGAGGUCGGAUUGUAUACAGUAGGAGCUUUGAUGAGGUAGAGAAAUCAGCAGCAGAGCUUCUGAAUUUUGUUGAAGCAAAGAGAAGAACUGAAGGGCAAGCCAUACUAGGAUUUGAUAUAGAAUGGAGACCGACUUUCAGGAGAGGUAUUGCACCGGGAAAAUCUGCAGUUUUGCAAAUCUGUGGUGAUAGUAAAGUAUGCUACGUAAUGCAUAUACACCAUUCUGGAAUUCCUCAAAAUCUACGGUCUCUUCUCGAAAGUCCUACUUCGCUGAAGGUGGGUGUUUGCAUUGCCAAUGAUGCGCGUAAAAUGUUUUCAGAUCAUAGUGUGUGGAUUAAAGAUUUGGAAGAUUUGUCUUAUCUAGCCAACCAAAAGCUUGGGGGAGAUUGCAAAAACUGGAGUUUAUCAUCACUAACCGAAAUGCUAAUCUGCAAACAGCUGCCUAAACCCCAUAACAUCAGGCUGGGAAAUUGGGAGGCUAAUGUCUUGUCAGACGAACAACUAAAAUAUGCAGCCACAGAUGCUUUUGUUUCCUGGUACCUGUUUCAGGUACUCAAAAGUCUUCCAGAGGCAGAGAUAAGCCAAACUGACAAGGAACCUGUAGCUGCGGCACCAAAGUAA